AUGCACCCUCAGAUACCCACAGCCUUAGCACAACGGGGCUUUGUAAAUACAGUGUUCACAGCCAUGGCAAACGAGCUGGACCAGAAGAUCCAGGACGUCCGCAAACGUAUAGAGACAGAGCGCAAGGUCCUAGAAGCAUCCAAACUUCUCAGACAGGCCACCACGAACCCAGAUGUCCUAAGGCGCAACGAUGUCAAGAUCAGGGAGGCUGAGCGUUCAUUGAGUUACUUCGAGACAACGCUGCAGGAAUUACAAGCUCGCAAAAAGCAGCAAUCACAGCGUGAUGAUCACUCGCGAUCUGGGGAUGCAGCCUCUUCUCAGGGUAUCUCUCCGACUACGCCAAAGAGCGGUCGAUUCACCGAUAGAGAUCGCUCUCUUCCCCAAAUACCAGGGUCAGAAUUCGAUUCUGCUGGUCGUGGAGGACGAGCGUCUGGGUCCACAGAUUUCGUCCCAAACCUAGAUUCUGCGGAUGGCGAUGACGUUGAUGGAACCCCAAAAUCAAAGCAGUACACCAAUCUUGAUCUUAUCAAAGCCGAUACUCCCCACACAACCGCGAAGAUAUCCCGUAUGCUUCACCAACUCGAGUUCAAACUACAAGUCGAAUUGCAAUACAAAAAGGGAAUCGACAAGAUGGCUAAACUAUAUCAGGCUGACGGUGAUAAGAAAUCUAGGGCAGAUGCUGAAAGCAAGCGAGUUGAAAGUGAAAAGAAGAUCCAGCUCCUCCAAUCGGCACUCAAACGGUACAAGAACCUUCACAUACUGGACGAUGUAGAGGAAGAAGAAGAACAUGAUGGUCCGGGCGUCGGUCCCGAUGGCGAACGGAAAGAGCUGCGUACAAAACCGCUUUCAGGAAAAUUGCAAGUAAUAAUAAAAGGUGCCCGAGAACUUGACCACGCCCCCAUCGUGAACUCUGGAAGAUCAAGAUCUGCAUCCAAGCAAAUUACCGAGACAUACAUUUCACUCAAAGUGGAAGGUACACAGCGUGCCCGCUCGCAUCCUUCACGCACAGAUCGGUGGAACGAAGAAUUUGAAAUUGUCGUGGACAAGGCCAGUGAAGUUGAAAUAGCAGUAUACGACAAACAGGUCUCUGAAGUACACCCUGUCCCUAUUGGCCUGCUGUGGAUCAGGAUCAGUGAUCUGGUCGAAGCUUUACGACGGCAGAAGGUGAUGCUAGAAAGCGGGCAGGGAGGCUGGGUUACCGCGGGUGCAAUGGAUGGCGAUAGUCCUACUGGUCGCGCACCUCCGUCGCAAACCAAUAAUUUUGGAGAUGUCAACGCACCAUUAAGUUUCGGUGCCGGUGCUGCUGCAUCGGGUGGUCUGGGAGGUCCCGGAAGCCAGAGCGAAGGCAUUGAUGCCUGGUUCGCUGUUGAGCCUGCCGGUGCUCUUGCUCUCCAGCUGAACUUCAUGAAAGAAAAUGUUAGAAAACGCCCUCUAGAUGCUCCCGGUGGCCUUGGCCGUCAAGGUGCAGUAAGGAAGCGUAAGGGCGAAGUACAUGAAAUGAAUGGUCACAAAUUCGUGCAACGUCAAUUCUAUCAGAUUAUGCUCUGCGCUUUCUGUGGCGACUUCUUGCUUAACGCUCUUGGUUAUCAAUGCGAAGAUUGUCGUUACACCUGCCACAAGAAAUGCUACGAAAAGGUUGUCACUAAAUGUAUAUCUAAAUCCAACACCGGCGAGGGAGACGAGGAAAAGAUAAAUCAUCGCAUUCCCCAUCGUUUCGAGCAGAUUACUAAUAUGGGUGCAAACUGGUGUUGCCACUGUGGUUAUAUGUUACCCCUGGGUCGCAAAAAUGCAAGGAAAUGCACAGAAUGCGACAUAACCUGUCAUGCAAAUUGCGCUCAUCUCGUCCCAGAUUUCUGUGGUAUGUCGAUGGAGACAGCGAACCAACUCCUUCGCGACUGGCGCGAUAUCAAUAAGGCCCGUGGCGGGAAAGCAGCAGCAGGUUUCCGACCUCCAAUUCAUCCCCCACAUGCCUCGCAAACUCAGACUCCUGUCCUCUCAGCACCUUCCGACGUGACUAUUACUCAGAGCAUGGACCGACUACAGCUUACUGGCACUGAGCCUCCCCCCUCUAUCCCUGCUCCUGAUCCUUUUGCUCGUCGGGCACAGGCACAGGAUGGAGCAGUUGAUCCCAGAUAUAUACAGCAACAGCCAGUAGCGUCAUCACCUGGCCCACCUCGCCCGCCCCCGGGAGCCCGAAUCCCAGUACCGCCUGCAUAUCCGAACGAAGCCCUGCUACCUCCAGCUGGGAGCGGCGCUCCCCUUGGUUUCGAAGCAAUUUCCGGACAGGAUGACUACUCAGCUCAGCCACAGAAGCAGCUGCCCUAUCCUCAACCAGGUUUUCCCGCCAAGGCAGCAGUGCCUUAUGCUCAGCAAAGACCUUACCAACCUGAACCACAGGGGCUUUCACCAGUACAACCCAGUCGCCAACUGUCUCGUCAACGAAAAGUCGGUCUGGAUGAUUUCAAUUUCCUGUCUGUUCUUGGAAAAGGUAACUUUGGUAAAGUUAUGCUAGCCGAGGAGAAGAAAUCCAAUGGAUUGUAUGCUAUUAAAGUCUUGAAGAAGGAGUUUAUCAUUGACAACGAUGAAGUGGAGAGUACUCGCUCAGAGAAGCGCGUAUUUUUGGCUGCCGCCCGCGAGCGCCAUCCUUUCUUGCUUAACCUCCAUUCUUGUUUCCAAACUGAAACUCGCGUUUACUUUGUCAUGGAGUAUGUCAGUGGUGGUGAUCUCAUGUUACACAUCCAGCGCAAGCAGUUUUCUUUGCGCCAAGCGAAGUUCUACGCAUGUGAAGUCCUACUUGCUCUAGAAUAUUUCCAUGCUAACGGGAUCAUAUAUCGAGAUUUGAAGCUCGAUAACAUCUUGCUUACUUUAGACGGACAUGUCAAAGUGGCUGACUAUGGAUUAUGCAAAGAAGAGAUGCAUUAUGGGUCAACCACCAGUACAUUCUGUGGUACACCAGAGUUCAUGGCCCCAGAAAUUUUACUGGAACAGCGCUAUGGCCUUGCUGUCGACUGGUGGGCAUUCGGUGUUCUUACUUAUGAAAUGUUAUUGGGACAAUCUCCAUUCCGUGGGGACGACGAAGACGAAAUCUUCGACGCUAUUCUUGAAGACGAACCUCUAUACCCUAUUACCAUGCCUAGAGAUGCUGUAUCUAUUCUUCAGAAGCUCCUGACCAGAGAUCCAUCUCGCCGACUUGGGUCCGGUAAAGCUGAUGCGGAAGACAUUAAAAGACAUCCUUUCUUCAAAGAUGUCAAUUUUGAUGAUGUUUUGAACAAGCGAAUUCCGCCGCCGUACUUCCCCACUAUUAACGGCAGCGCUGACACAAGUAACUUCGACGAAGAAUUUACGAAAGAGCAGCCUACAUUGACUCCCGUGCAUGGCCAGCUGUCCUCCAGGGAUCAGCAAGAAUUCAGCGGUUUCUCCUGGGUCGCUUCUUGGGCAAAUGUAUAA